AUUUUCAAAAUGAAAAAAUAGUUAACAUUUAUUGGCCAAAAAAAACACUCUCAACAUUUCGGUGAAAGGGAUCGUGCACGAGAGCAGCAUUAAAUAGGACCACCGCUCACAGCCUAAUCCUUUAGGAUCAGUCACCGGAACUCAUCGUUUUUAGGCCAGAGCAUCUUUCAUGCCCCUCUUUAAGCCUACUUACAGCUCAGUUCCCGUCAUUCUUUUCCAGCCAUUCAUUUUAAUCCACGUGUCUUUAAUCUCCUUUCUCCACCUUUCUUCCUCUCACUGCGCCGCCGGCUCUCCCCUUUCGCUACUCCUUCCCUCAUUUAACCAAACCCCUCCUUCUAGUAACUUAAAUAUUUCGCCAACGACCGAUCGAGUUGGGUUUUUAUUUUUUUUUAUUAAAUGUCCGCUCGAGUUUUUUAUUAUUAUUUUUUUUUAUUUUCUCUGAUUUCAGCUUCUUAAAAUCAACGUUGUUGUUGCGUCGUGGUUGAGAAAGUUUUUACCCAGCCAAACCGUAACCAGGCUCACCGGAUUCUUUCUCUCUGUCUCUCUCGGCUUACUCCGUCAAACUACACGCCAACGGCAAUUCCUUUGCUCAAAACACCAUUGUUUUUUGAGUGUCAUUUUGUAGUUGUCUCCACAAAUUGUUCAAAAAAAAAAAAAAACAAAAGAAGUCUUCACUCUCUCUUUGUCUUUCAUAAAAGCCAAUUCAAGAACUUAAGAAGGAAACAAGAGAACCAUGAAAAGUUUAACUGCAACCGCCUUGCUCCGGCGUCACGUCUGCCUUUUUCAAUACCAGAAUCUUUUAGUUCUUUCAUUCUUUUAAAAACAAAAGAACGACUGGCCCUAUGCAUCCUUUUUGCUGUGUUUCAACCGUAUCCGAUCAUUCCCCAGUCAAGCCUUUACGCGACCACGUCAUCUCCAUGCCUCCUCCUCCUGUAACAACCGUACCAACCACUUCCUCUUCCGCUCCAGCCUCCAGAUCCAACUCGGCCCGAUCCACGGUUCAAUUCAAGUGCCAGUCCAAUCAAAACCAUCACAGUCAACAUCAUCUUAAUAGUAGCGUGGAUUUGAAUCGGAUGAGCCAGAGAAACGGGACAUCGUUGGGAAGAGAGGUUAUGACGGCGACGGCUCCUGCUCCUCCGCCACAAGUGGAUGUGAAGAUAAACGACAUCGUAGGGAACGGGAUAUCGGGAGUGCUUUACAAAUGGGUGAAUUACGGGAAAGGUUGGAGACCGAGAUGGUUCGUUUUGCAAGACGGAGUUUUAUCAUAUUAUAAAAUACACGGACCUGAUAAGAUAGUUGUUAGCCAAGAAACGGAAAAAGGAUCCAAAGUUAUCGGCGAAGAGUCUCUCCGUAUUAUCUCCCGCCAUCGCAAUUCCAUUUCUCAUCAUUCCCAAAGCCGUCGCAAACCCUUUGGUGAAGUCCACCUCAAGGUUUCCUCUAUAAGGGAAAGCAGAUCAGAUGAUAAGAGAUUCUCGAUCUUCACCGGAACUAAGAGGUUUCAUUUACGAGCCGAGACGCGGGACGAUCGGGUUGCGUGGAUGGAGGCGCUUCAGGCGGUUAAGGAUAUGUUCCCUAGGAUGUCCAAUAGCGAGCUCAUGGCUCCGAUGGACAAUGUGGCGGUUUCUACGGAGAAGUUGAGGCAGCGGCUGUUGCAAGAAGGGGUAAGCGAAUCGGCUAUCCAAGAUACCGAGCGGAUUAUGAGGGGUGAAUUCUCAGCGUUGCAGAUCCAGCUGGUGUUGCUUAAACAGAAACAAUGGCUUCUGAUCGAAACCUUGCGUCAGUUAGAGACAGAAAAAGUUGAUCUGGAGAAUACAGUGGUAGAUGAGAGCCAAAACAAGUUAAAUGAUCUAGGGGCUUCCCUUAUGAUAAGGCAAGACAAGUCUAGUGAAGGAAGUGUAACUGACACAGAUGAUGAUAAUGAAAGAGUUGACGCUGCAGAAGAAGAAACUGAUGAAGAUGACCAUAUUUUCUUUGACACUCUUGACAUUUUGUCGUCAAGUUCUUUCAAAAGCAGUGGAUCUGAUUUCCGGACAUCAUCUUUCUCUUCAGAUGAUGAAGGUAUUAAUGCGGUUGCUUCUGAAGAUGACGUUGACACCUACAUCAAAUCAGUUGAAAGUAACUUUCCUUACAUUAAACGGCGAAAAAAGUUGCCUGACCCAGUUGAAAGGGAGAAAGGUGUAAGUCUUUGGUCAAUGAUUAAGGAUAAUAUUGGGAAAGACCUUACAAAAGUUUGUCUUCCUGUUUACUUCAAUGAGCCUCUCUCUUCUCUUCAAAAGUGCUUUGAGGAUUUGGAAUAUUCAUAUCUGCUUGACCGUGCAGAUGAAUGGGGGAAAAGGGGUAAUAACCUCAUGAGAAUUCUUAAUGUGGCUGCAUUUGCUGUGUCUGGAUAUUCUUCAACAGAAGGAAGAAUUUGCAAACCGUUUAAUCCAUUAUUAGGGGAAACAUAUGAGGCUGACUUCCCAGAUAAAGGUGUACGCUUCUUCUCAGAGAAGGUCAGUCAUCAUCCUAUGAUUGUAGCAUGUCACUGUCAGGGUACAGGAUGGAAAUUGUGGGGUGAUAGCAAUUUAAAGAGCAAAUUUUGGGGUCGCUCAAUUCAGCUUGAUCCUGUUGGUGUUUUGACCUUGGAGUUUGAGGAUGGAGAAGUGUUCCGGUGGAGUAAGGUGACAACAUCAAUAUACAACCUUAUACUGGGAAAGUUGUAUUGUGAUCACUAUGGUACUAUGCGAAUUGAGGGGAAUCGUGAAUAUUCAUGUAAGCUGAAAUUCAAGGAGCAAUCUAUCAUUGAUAGAAAUCCUCACCAGGUGCAUGGUAUAGCUCAAGAUAGGAAUGGAAAGACAGUGGCUACAUUAUUUGGAAAAUGGGAUGAGAGCAUGCAUUAUGUGAAUGGAGAUUCUUCUGCAAAGGGAAAAGGACAAGAGUCUUUAUCAGAAACCCAUCUGCUUUGGAAGCGGAACAAGCCUUCUAAAUAUCCCACCAGAUAUAACUUAACACGUUUUGCCAUUACAUUGAAUGAGCUCACCCCUGGUCUAAAGGAAAAGUUGCCUCCUACAGACUCAAGGCUGAGACCUGAUCAAAGGUAUCUGGAAAAUGGGGAGUAUGAAAUGGCGAAUUCAGAGAAGUUGCGGUUGGAGCAGCGGCAACGACAGGCUCGGAAGAUGCAAGAGAGAGGUUGGAAGCCAAGGUGGUUUGCAAAGGAUAAAGGCAGUGACUCGUAUCAAUACAUUGGUGGAUAUUGGGAGGCUAGAGAGCAGGGGAAGUGGGAUUCAUGUCCUGAUAUUUUUGGCCAAAUCCCUUCUGAUCACCUCCUUGACUAAGCGCAAGCUGCCUGUCUUACUUCUUGAUUCUUUUGCAAUUUUUUCACGAGAUAUGGGGCAGGCACACAUCCACUGGGCCAAGAAGUUUGGGAUGCCCCAUGACAAAAACAACAAUGUAAGUAGAUUAAAAAGGUUUUAGAAAACAAUAGAAGAAUAUUAUUUUUCCCAUCCUCUUGCUUCUCAAUUCGUAUCUGAUGAUGUGAUUGUUACCCAAGAAUUGGGUUUCGAUGGAGGAAUUUUAACUGUAACAAAAUACAGAAAUUUAACGGAGUUCUAUUGAUACAGAAUACAAGACAAAUUUCCAGAACUGAACUUCUAAAGCAAGUUCAAGUGAGGUACAUAUCAUUGGUCGUGUCCCUCAGCAUACAAGGAGCAUCGUUAGCAUUUAAGUACAUUUUUUCCAACAUUUAUUGAUAAAGACAUGUUACUCUUGGUUCUUGAUUUAUGAUGAAUGAUAUGUAAUUCUUUUAUAUCCAAUUUAACUUUGAAAAAAAAUUUGUAUAUAAAUUGAAUGAAUUUUGUUAUGUUUGCCAUCGAUUUGAU